UGCUGCUGCUGCUGGCGCUCUUAAUGAACAUAUCCUGUGUGGCAUGCGCGCGCGAUCAUCGCAAGCAAACAAAUCUGGAGGCCAAAGUUGGCUCGCAUGUCGUUUUCAAUUGCUAUAUAGAUUUCCCAUACGAUUCCCCCAUACCCUACGUCGUCCACUGGAGCAAAGAUAACAAAAAGAUCUUCACCUGGUACGAGAACGAGACAUCGACAAAUGAGCUGUUCAUUGGGCGACUGCACCUGGUGAGCCAUCCGCACGACCUGGGCAAGGCGUCGGUCAAUCUGACUUCGAUACGUGAAUCGGACCAGGGCUGGUAUCACUGUCAGAUCAUAUUCCCGAAUCGCGCACCGAGCGUGCGGAAUAACGGCACGCGAUACCAUCUGACUGUGCAGGGGGGAUCCCUGAUCAAAAUCCCGCCCGUCAAUCAGACGAUAAUGGAGGGCCAGACGGCGUUCUUUCACUGCGUCAUGAAGUAUCCGGACAGCUCGCAGGCGUCGUGGUACAAGGACGGAGUGCUGCUGCAGGAGGUGCAGGAUCUGGUGCGACGCUCCUUCACCGGCCCCGACGGCAGCCUGAGCAUCGAUCCGACCAUGAUGAGCGACCUGGGCGAAUACGAGUGCAAGGUGCGCAACAACGAGGGCGAGCUGCAAACGGCCAAGGCCUUUCUCAACAUUCAAUAUAAGGCCAAGGUGAUUUAUGCACCGCCCGAGGUUUAUCUGCCGUUCGGUCAGCCCGCCGUGCUCGACUGCCAUUUCCGGGCGAAUCCGCCGCUGAAGAAUUUGCGCUGGGAGAAGGACGGCCUGCUGUUCGACUCGUACAAUGUGCCCGGCGUCUUCUACAAGAUGAACGGCAGCCUGUUCUUCUCCAAGGUGAACGAGAACUAUGCCGGCAGCUACACCUGCACGCCGUACAACGACCUCGGCACGGACGGACCCUCGCCCAUCAUUAGCGUAAUUGUGCUCCGUCCACCCAUUUUCAGCGUUAGCCCAAAGGCAAUUUACAUACAGAAACUGGGCGAGACGGCCGAGCUGCCAUGCGAAGCCAUCGACCGGGACGGAAACAAUCGCCCAACCAUUGUCUGGAGCCGGAAAGAUGGCCAGGCCCUGCCAGUGGAGCGGCACAGCUUCAGCGGCGGCAACUUGACCAUCACGAACCUGGUCGAAACGGACCGCGGCAUGUACGAGUGCUCGGCGACAAAUGAAGCCGCAACAAUCACAGCCGAGGCGGAAUUAAUGAUUGAGAAUAUUGCGCCACGACCACCAUUCAAUCUGACCGCGAACAGCACGGAGACAUGCAUAACGAUACGCUGGCAGCCAGCAGGCUACCUGCGACCCAAUCUGGAGUACACCGUCUGGUAUCGUCUGAGCGAUGCGCCGGAAUGGAGGACGCUGCGCGUGCUGGACAAGACCGUGAUGGAAGCCACCGUGCAGCAUUUGCUGCCUGGACGGGAGUACGAGUUCAUGGUGCUCAGCCAGGAUAAGUAUGGCGACGGCAUGUUCAGCAAACAGUUCCGCUUCCAGACGCAAGCAUCGGCCUUGCGCGGCGAGGACUUCGAUGCAGAGCAUCUGCAGCACCAGCAGAGUCAGCCGUCUGUCGGCGGCGGCGGCCUGGGUGCUCCGUGGAAUCUGAGCGUGAUCAACACGCCGCAGGGCUGGCUGCUGCACUGGGAGCAUCCCACCCAAGGCCUGGAGACGCUGCGCCUGUACACGGUCCGCUGGUGGAAGGAGCCGGAUCACUUUCUCAUCGGCACCGCCGAAACCUUUGACAACUUCUAUCAGCUGCGCCACCUCAAGGAAGACGUCACCUUCAAGAUUCAGGUCGUGGCCGUCGGAGCAGACGCCCGCCAGGUGGCCAGCCCGGAGCUCGUGCUCGAGGUGCCUUCCCAGCGCAAGGUGCGGGCCCUAAUCAUUGGCAGCUCUGUGGGCAUUAUAUUUUUACUCUGUGCACUGUGCGCUUUUUUAUACGUGAAACGUAGUUGCCUCCGGCAUUUGUUUAGCCGGGGCAACGAGGGCGCCAGCGGGGACGAGGACACAGCGGAGAGCGGGGAUUGUGAUAGCGACCAGGAGCGGGAUAGCAAUAAGAUUCGCGCAGCCUCCUGAGAAAUGCAGAUCACGUGGCGGUUCGAGGAGAUCAGCGAAAGGUCAAAGGAGCAAAGUUCGAGAGUGUGUGUUGUGUUUGUGCCAGGAUGAAAAUAAUAAUACAAUAAUUUUAGAUUUACAUUUUUGCCGAAAAUCAAUACUCAGUACCGUCUAAUACUGAUUUAUAAUUUAUUUCUAGCUUCUAAUUGUACAAAAAACCAUUUUACUAAUUUCCUUAUGUAAAGGUCAACUAAUGAGAAUCAAAUAUUAAACUCGACAGAUA